UGUGUAGUGUAGUGUAGUGUGUAAUUGUUUCAGUGCUGUUUCCUCUCUUCUUCAAUACACGGAAUGUCUUUUGCCAGAGCUUAUGAGUACAGUACCAUAGAUGAAUUGUUCAAUUAAGAUCUUGAUUCCCUAUGAGGGGUUUUAUUAUUUGCUACCUGCUUCUCCAUGCAGCUUUAUCUGGGCAUGCUGUGAAUUGUGUACUACUAAAGUAUUUUAAAAUACUUCUUAGCCUUAUUACCCGUUGGUUUAAUUAUCCUCAAUGACAAGCAGCUAAAGUAAAGCGAGAAGCAUUAUUAAUAACAGGAACCCACAGCAUGUAAUACGCAACUUUACCGGCUCAGCAAAUUUCUGGGGAUGGUAGUGGUGGUAUAGAGAGGUCUCUUUGGAACCGCCGGAUACAUAAACCGUUCAAGGUCAGGACUGAAUUUGAGACCAGAAUAGCAUGCAUCUCAAGAAUGAAAAACGUCUGAAAUGUGAGCUACUAAAUAUGGAGGGGGGAGGUCGACCGGGCUAAGACCGCAGCGAGCAGAAAGGUCUCCUGAACAACGCCUGGCUCGAGCCAGGUGGGUGUGGGUCCCGGAGCCAGGGACCGAUCUUGACCGGGUUAGCAGAAGGCCCUUCCAGUAAAGCGCUGGGGAAGGAGGACGGGCCAAAUUCCAAGGCACUCCGGACACUCAGAGUAUCCACGAGAGAAUAGAAAGCGCUAGCUUGGCCUUACAAAAUCUAAAUUAGAUCUAACGAUAAACGUCCUCUCGGGACUCAAGAACUGGCGCACUCGGGAGUGCUAAAAUGUUAAUUACUAGGACGACUUGAGUUCCUAUUGGUUUCCCGAAUUGAAGACCCGCCUCUCAAGGGGCCGGAGAAAGCUCCUACUCUUUCCUAUUCCUGGAUUUUUGAUUGGCAGGUAAGACUGCCCAAUUGGGGCAGGAGAUCUGGGGUUGGUCCAAUACGAUGGGCUUUAGGCCGCGCCGCGCGGAGUUUGAGUGGUAUGUGUUUGCUGACGGCUGCCGCCGCUGCAGCACCUGGGAGGACCUGGCGUGAGCCACUGGGACUAAGUCGGAAGACUGACUCGAGCCUGGGCAGUUGACGCUAGUGCGAGCGCUCGGUUCCCGGUGGCCUCUUGAGGGGCCUAGCGGUGCGAGAGUGUCAAUGUCUCUCAUGUUGAAUCUCCUCAGACAAUUCCUGGAAUAUUUUGGCAUCCCCAUAGAACAGUUUACACCAAUAUGGGAAGCUCAUGCAAAUGGUCGAAGUAUUAUUCGAGUUAUAGUGACACGUUUACCUUCAAAUCUCUUUUCAAGAACAGAUUUGUACCAGAUAUGGUCCACUAUUUUACCAAUAUGGGAAAAUAAGGAAUAUGGAUCUACUCGAAGUAUUGUUCGUAGCAUUGGGAAAAUUCUUCCUUUAGAACCUUGUCCAAGACCUAAUUUUGAGCUGUUCCAAUACUUACAUUCCUUAGAUUAUGAUCAACAUGCAUCUGCUCUGAGCCCCAUAAUUCCAUCAUUUGCUGAUAUUCUAUGGGUGGCAAAUGAUGAAGAAGCCAGAUAUGCCAAAUUUAGAAAUUGUAUGUGGAAAAAUUAUGAGGACAAAACCGAAUUUUUCAAUCCACUGCCUCCAUCUUUAGUUCCUUUGUCACCUGUUUUAAGACAAAGAAAGCAAAUAAAUGAUCUUCCUGUUACUGAAGCAGCAAUUAAAAAAAUAGCUGCCCUUGAAGAUGAGUUAACCAUCCUUCGUUCCCAGAUUGCUACCAUUGUUGGAAUGCAAGAAGCAGAACACAGGUCUUUUGAUUCCUUGAAAUCAUAUGACAUGCCUGAUCAUUUGGCACCAUUGUCAUCAAUGACUUCUUCACCAUCCGCUGUACCAGAAUGUUUUUCAACCUCAGUGGUUCAUCCUCCCACUCCUCCACCUCUUCCACCUCCUCCAUUAGUAUCUAAUAUCAGUGAUUCAAGCAAUUCAAGAGAUGGACUUAUAAAAGAACGUCAUAUUGCAAAUAAGACCAAUGCUAGCAAAUGUGCAGGAAACCAGAGAACUAAAGAUGUUCCCAGCAUGAUGGAUGUUCUGAAGGAUAUGGAUAAAGUCAAGCUGCGUGCUAUUGAACGAUCACCUGGAGGGAGACCUGUUCAUAAGGCGAGAAGACAAAGUUCACAUUGGGAUCCAGUGUCUAUAAUUUCUCAUGCCCUUAAGCAGAAAUUUGCGUUUCAGGAAGAUGAUUCCUUUGAAAAAGAAAAUAGUUCUUGGGAUUCUUCAUUUUCCAGUCCAGAAACUCCAAAGUUUGGACGUCGUAUCUUGCAGCCAAAUGGACAAUGUACCCAAGAAGUUGACGACAAAGUAUCACAAAGAUGUCAGUGUUAAAAGUUUUACUUCUCUAGUUAAGAGUGAGCCAAACUUGAAGUAAAAUUGCCUCAUAAUGUAUUAAAUAGUGGCAGGACCACUUUUUAAAGCAACUAAAUAAAAUGGGAUGCACUGGAAUAUAUUAAUGUGUAACUAUGAAGCUUACCUAUGUGACCUCUUAUAGAUUUUCCAACAGUCAAACUUAUGAAUGAGAUGUAUAUAGGUUUUAUUGCAUAUGCAGUUGUAUCUUGAGAACAAAUAUUAGAUGACCCUAAUAUUUCUUGUAAUGGAAGUGUUCAAGUGUUACCAUGAGAGAAACCAUUUUAAGUGUAUAAAUGAAACCUUAGACUGCAGUAUAGUAUAUAACAUUUACUCAACAAGGUGUUAAGAAAUUAGAACUCCUCUUCCAGUUUAAGAAAGCUGCUAUACCACUAUCAUGGAUAUCCUUCCUAAUUUAUUUGAUUAAUUCAGGUAGGUAGCCUUGUGCCUUUUCUUCAAGUGUAGCAAUCUCAGCUGGCUUUAAAUUGUCAGUAACCUGGUAGUCUUUAAAGAUUGUAAAAUUUUAAUUUCUUUAUUCAAACAGCUGUAGAUUGACUCACUAAAUGGUUGCACUUUGAGACUUGUAAAAUUGUUCAUGUCAUGUUCUUAUGUUCACAGUUUUUUUUUUUUUUUUGCCCUUAAGUGUGGUUUUACAGAAAUCCUGCAAGCAUAAAUUUUUAGGGAAUCUUUUGCUUCUUAAACAUUGCAUAAACUUGUUAUGUAAAUGUUAUAUGUAUCAUGAUUUUUUCCCUCUGUUCAUUUUCUAUGCUGAAUUUUUGUAAAUAAGAGUUUGUAAAAUAAAUGUACCUUCCAUACAUGUACUGGAUAUCUAUUGAUGCAUGUUUAUUUUGUCCUGAAAUAUAUUUUACUAGGAGUUUUGGGGUUUAAGAAUAAAGGAGAAAAAAAAAUCACUUCCUUUCAUUAGUAGGUAUGCACAUUUCUUUAUAAUUUAAGUACCCUAGAUGGUAUUUAUAAAAUGCCAAGUUUGAGGCCACCACUUGACUGGUUUAUAAAGUAGUCUAGGUAUUCUGAGAGAAAUGAAAACUGUUUAAAUUUCUUUAAGCUAUACAAAUGAUAAUUUAUUUCUUUUGUUUUAACUAAAAACAAAAAAAAAUGUUCCUUAAAUAUAAGACUUUAUUAAAACAGUUUUCUUUGACUUA